AUAAAAAAUUUAAAUUUAGAUUCUGUGGCAUCAAAUUCAAGUAAAGUAGUUGAUGAUGACAAUAGGGAAAAGUAAAAUUGCAUUGAUAAGUUAAGGAAAAUUGGUGAUGGUAGAGUUUCGUUUUGAGAGAUGACAAAUAAACAAUUUCAAUAUGCUUUGUUUAUGGACCUACAGAAAAAUUUUUGGCAGAUCCAAGAAUCACAAGCACAAGUCCUUGAUAAGCUUAUAAUAAUUGAACAAAGUGGAGAUGUUGAUUUUGAUGUGAAUGUUGAUGAUAUUGAUAGAGACCCUAUUAAUUCGAUUGAGCAAUUUGAUGUAAUGAAAAAUAUUUUAAAUACAAGUUCUAAUGCAAGACAACGCAAGGUUACUCAAAUGAGAGGAGUAGGAGGAGCUACUCCACGGAAAACUGUCAAAAAUGUUUUGAAUGCUGUUAUGACUCAAGAAAUACAAUCAAAGAUAGAAAAAAAAGGAAACAAAAAUUUACAAGCACUGCUCACUAUAAAUGCAUUAAAGGUGAGUAUUGAAUACGAGUUAGAAGUUAUUGCAUCUUAAUAAAUUGUAAGGACCAAAAUAUUAUUGAUCAGAACGUGAAGCAGUAGUUCAUUACUAAUUUUCUGUUAUUCAUUAAUUGCAAUUUGAUUCUAAUUAUUUUUUCAUAUCUUUAAUAAAGUUUUUCUAUAUAUGACAUUCAAA